UUGACUUUGAAAAAUGGCAUAUUUUCUUUUUUCAAUUUCUCUAAUAGAAUUUAUUGUGCUUAUAUUUUUAGUCAUGCUAACUCUUUUCUAGAAGACAGCUUUACAACAAUCCAGACCAAUCACCUUGCAGACUCCAGAACUCCAGCAACCAGGGACUGCACAGGACUGAGUCCAUAUGGAAGAAGAACUGCCUGGUUUCUAUGGAGAAAGUGGCAAGCCAGUACAUGCUACCCCGUCAUCGUUGAAGAUGUUAGAUGUGGGAAAGUGGCCAAUUUUUUCCCUUUGCUCUGAGGAAGAACUGCAGUUGAUUCGUCAGGCUUGUGUCUUUGGCAGUGCUGGCAAUGAAGUUUUAUACACUACAGUCAACGAUGAGAUUUUUGUGCUUGGUACAAACUGCAGUGGCUGUCUUGGGGUAGGUGACAUUCAGAGCACAAUCGAGCCUCGGAGACUGGAUUCUUUAACUGGCAAAAAGAUAGCCAGCCUUAGCUAUGGGAGUGGCCCACACAUCGUCCUUGCAACAACAGAUGGAGAAGUCUUUACCUGGGGUCACAAUGCCUAUAGCCAGCUGGGCAAUGGGACAACAAAUCAUGGUUUAGUCCCCUGCCAUAUCUCUACUAAUUUGUCAAACAAAUUAGUCAUUGAAGUUGCCUGUGGGUCUUACCAUUCUUUGGUCCUGACAUCAGAUGGAGAGGUGUUUGCCUGGGGCUAUAAUAACUCUGGGCAAGUGGGUUCUGGAUCAACAGCAAACCAGCCCAUUCCUCGGAGAGUCACCGGGUGUUUGCAGAAUAAAGUGGUCAUGAACAUCGCAUGUGGGCAGAUGUGCUCCAUGGCUGUUGUGGACACUGGAGAGGUCUACGUCUGGGGUUACAAUGGGAAUGGGCAGCUGGGUCUGGGCAGCAGCGGUAACCAGCCAACCCCGUGCAGAGUAGCAGCCCUACAAGGCAUCCGUGUCCAGCGGGUUGCCUGUGGCUACGCACACACCUUGGUACUAACAGAUGAAGGUCAAGUGUACGCUUGGGGUGCAAAUUCUUACGGCCAGUUGGGCACUGGCAAUAAAAGUAACCAGUCCUAUCCUACCCCUGUUGUUGUGGAAAAGGACAGAAUCAUAGAGAUCGCAGCCUGUCACUCUGCCCACACAUCUGCUGCCAAGACCCAGGGUGGGCACGUGUAUAUGUGGGGCCAGUGCCGAGGCCAGUCGGUGAUCCUUCCCCACCUCACCCACUUCUGCUGCACUGAUGAUGUGUUUGCCUGCUUUGCCACCCCUGCUGUUACCUGGCGCCUCCUCUCUGUGGAACCGGAUGACCACCUCACUGUGGCAGAGUCACUGAAGAGGGAAUUUGACAACCCUGACACUGCAGACCUCAAGUUUUUGGUUGAUGGAAAAUACAUUUAUGCUCACAAAGUCCUUCUCAAAAUUAGGUGUGAGCAUUUCCGUUCUUCAUUAGAAGACAGUGAAGACGAUAUUGUAGAAAUGAGCGAGUUUUCAUAUCCCGUGUUCCGAGCUUUCCUGGAGUACCUAUACACAGAUAACAUCAGCCUAUCUCCUGAGGAGGCAAUAGGAUUGCUAGAUCUGGCUACAUUUUACAGUGAAACUCGGCUGAAAAAGCUCUGUCAGCAAACUAUUAAGCAAGGGAUCUGUGAGGAAAACGCUAUUGCCCUGCUCUCGGCCGCUGUGAAGUAUGAGGCCCAGGACUUAGAAGAGUUCUGCUUCAGGUUUUGCAUCAACCAUCUGACUGUAGUGACACAAACAUCAGGCUUUGCAGAAAUGGACCACGACCUUCUGAAGAACUUCAUCAGCAAAGCCAGCAGAGUUGGAGCCUUUAAGAACUGAUCCUGAAUGUGGAAAGGAAUGCUUAAGCCUUUCCAUUUCAUCCCGCAAAGAUAAAUAAAUAAUAGU